AUCAUUUACAAACAGGCACUUCUGCGGCUGCUCGGUGGGGUCCUAACAGGAUAGCCGUCUGUCAGAAUGACGUAUAUGGAGGGUUAAUCAGCUGAUUCCGAAAGAACCAAAAUAAUACAAAAUACACGAACAUGGUUUUUAUUGUCUACACAAAAUCUGUUAAUUUGAAUGGAGCCUGUUGACAUGCUUUAUUCAGAUCGACAUUAUGGAUAAGAUUUUAGAGGGCCUCGUGAGCUCCGAUCACUCCGUUCCAGUCAAGAGAGCCAUUGUGAAAAAGGUAGUGGAAGCAGCAGAGAAAGAGGUGACAGAGGAGCAGUGCCAGGCGCUGUUUUCGCUCACCACCCGCCUCAUCUUGCUUGGUGAAGAUGCUUUCCAGAAGCAGAUUGGCUCCCAGGUUCUCGAAGCGUACGCACGCUUCCAUCGCCAGGAGUUCGAGCAUUUUUUCAGCAAAGACUUUGUGCUCGGUCUGCUCCAGCAGGGAUAUGAGCAGCUGGACCACAGAGACCCUACCAUCAUAGAGUACAUCCACAGCUGCCUGCGUCUGCUCAUAAGCUGCCCCUCUGUGCUGGACAUCUUUAGUGUGAUCCAGGUGGAGGUUUUGAGGAUGGUGUGUGAACAUCCCAAGCCUCUUCUGUGUUCCCAGCUGAGCACUUUGCUCACAGACUUUAUGCAGUGUGUACCAAAGGAUAAAUCUGGUGUUCUGUUUUGUCAGCAGCUGGUUAGAACCAUUAGUUACUUCCACUGCUAUGCUAACCAGGAGCAUGAGUUAAGAGAGUAUGUUGGACAAGUGACUAAAGUGAGCACACUGCUGCAAAACAUCUGGAAGACGGAUCGAGCUACGCUGUUACCCUCUCUACAGGAGGUUUUUGCUAUCAUUUCUUCCACAGAUCCCUCCUUUGACCCAUCCACCGCUCUAGCCUGUCUCGUCCAGCAUAUCCCCAUACAGAUGAUCACAGUGCUUAUCAAGAGUCUCACCACAGACCCCAACGUCAAAGAUGCCAGCAUGACUAAAGCACUCUGCAGAAUGAUUGACUGGCUGUCAUGGCCGUUAGCCCAACAUGUGGAUAUCUGGGUCAUCGCACUGUUGAAGGGACUGGCCGCUGUUCAGAAAUUCACCAUCCUCAUAGAUGUCACUCUACUGAAAAUUGAACUGGUGUUCGCUCGACUGUGGUUUCCUAUUGUCCGGCAGGGGGCACUAGCAGUGCUGUCCCACAUGCUGCUAAGUUUCCAGCACUCUCCUGAGGCUUUCCAUUUGGUUGUUCCAAAUGUAGUGCAGUUAGUUCAGUCUCUAAAAACAAACGGUCUUCCUACCAGUAAAGUCUUCUUGCUGCAGUUCACUGAGCUCAUUCACUGCAUGAUGUACCAGUUUUCUGGCUUUCCUGACCUCUAUGACCAGAUCAUUGAAGCCAUCAAGGAUUUGCCAAAACCAGCAGAAGACAAAAUUAAGUUUGUGUUGAAUCAAAGUGCCUGGACUUCUCAGUCCAACUCCUUUGCCUCUGGUCUAUUGAAGCAAGCUGGGAAGUCUGAGACAGGCAAGACCGGCCUGAUCAACCUGGGGAACACUUGCUACAUGAACAGCAUCAUCCAGAUCCUCUUUAUGGCCACAGAUUUCAGGAGGCAUGUUUUAUCCUUACAGCUAAAUGGCUCCAACACGCUCAUGAAGAAGCUCCAGCUUCUCUUUGCCUUUCUCGCACAUACCCAGAGGGCAGCAUAUGCCCCCAAAAACUUCUUGGAAGCGUCUCGGCCUCCCUGGUUCAAUGCAGGCUCACAGCAGGACUGUUCUGAGUAUCUCAGAUUUCUUUUGGACAGGUUACAUGAAGAGGAAAAAACAAUCAGGGUUCUAGAGUCGGCUAAGCCAAACUUUGGCCCCUCAAUUGACGUGGACAACAAAGACCCAAAAGCUUCAACAUCUUCCAGGGAACAUGGAGAAUCCUGUUCCAAUGUAGCAGAGACAGAAUCUACGAACGAUGGAAGGACUUUAAUUGAGAAGAUGUUUGGGGGAAAGUCCAUCACCGGCAUUCGCUGCAUGCAGUGUAACUGCAUAUCUGAAAAAGAAGAGCCAUUUACGGAUCUCUCUUUGGCCUUUUGUCCAUCUGCCUCCACCCAGGACAGCCCUAAACCACAGAGGCCCUCAGAGGAACCAAAGGUUCUCUGCCAGGGAUCUGUCAACGGUGGCAGUGAAGCCCCCGAGCCUUCUUCAGCCAGCUCUUUAACUAAAGGCGUCCAUUAUGAGCAAGUGACAACUGAGCCUCCACUCUCCGUGCCUGACCUGGUGAACUAUUUCCUGGCUCCAGAGAUCCUUGACGAGGACAAUGCCUAUUUCUGUGAGAAGUGUCUCUCCCUGCAGAGGGCAGAGAGGACCAUGAAAGUGGUGACGGCACCAGAGUACCUGAUACUAACCCUGCUCCGAUUCUCGUAUGACGCCAAGUGCCACGUCCGCAGAAAGAUUCUGGACAAUGUCACCAUCCCACAAGUGUUGAGACUUCCUGUUCAUGCCUCUGCAUCAUCUGCACAACAGUCCUCUCCUCUGCAAGUGGAAUACCCCGAGAGCAGCGAGAACUUGGCCAAGAAACUUAAACCGUCUCAACAGGAUGAGGAGGACGAAGCGAAGGCGAGAAUGGAAAGAAACGAGGAGACGAUCGGGUCAGGAGGGAACCCAGUCCAGUCAGUGCCCUAUGCUCUCGUUUCAGUAGUGAUGCACUCUGGAAUAUCAUCCGAGAGCGGCCACUACUACUCCUACGUUCAUGACACAAAUGGAGCAGAUGAAACGCAGUACCAAGCCGGUCCCUCUUCUGUCAAAGAUGCUUCGGAAAGCGAGGAAGCUGCUAGUAACCUCAACUUAUGCACAGCCGUCCCAGCGCCAGCGAAACAAGAUGCCUCUCUACACAACAGUGGAGAGGAAGCAAAAAGUUGGCUGCUGUUUAAUGACAGCAGGGUGACAUUCACCUCUUUCCGAUCAGUGCAGAACAUCACUAAUCGCUUCCCGAAGGACACAGCGUAUGUGCUAAUGUACAGGAAACAGGAGCUAGCUGGACCAAGUUUAAAUGAGGGUCAACAGGCAAAUGGAAUGAGACUAAGUGCUGAGCCUCCUCUGCAAAAAGAACUACUGGAUGCUAUUAUCAAAGAUAACAAGUUGUAUUUGCAGGAACAGGAACUCAGUGCCCGGACCCAGGCUUUUCAGGCUUCUUCAUCCUCGUGCUCGUUCAGGCCCAACGGUUCAGAUGACAAUAACCCACCGGGGAGCUGCGGCCCAUCUGGAGGAGGAGGGGGGGGUGGGGGCUUCAAUACUGUCAGCAGACUGGUCUUCUGAGGAUUACAAAGAAAAAAAUAAAAGAAUGAUGAACUGAUUAUAAGUACACAAAGCUGAAUUGUCACCCACUGUAUAGAACGCAACCGGCAAAAAAAAAGGCACGGAUGAAAACGACAAACUCAGAAAGCAGCAUUUGUACUGAUUCUUGAAUAAAUGUUUCCCAUGAAGAAAAAGUUUUAAGAUUUUCCUUUUUCUCCCAGCAUCUGAUCAUUAAUUAUUUAGUUUUGUGUGUGAUUUGGGCAUUUUCUUUUCAUUUUAGCAUCUUGGGGGUUGACGUGCAAAGAAGCGAAAGAACAAAGCAAAACAAGUUUAACGUCAUCUGCUAAAAAAAUCCUCAUAGAAUAAAGAAAAAAUGCUUUUUAAAAUAUUUUGCUCAUUUUUAUGCAUCUUAAAAUCAUACGACCUCAACUAAUGUUCGCGUGCAUAUAUCAUUGGAGAAAAGGGUUAAGGUUUCAAACUGUUUUGACUCUUCUGAUUUGCAUACGGCUUGAAUUCUUAUGGUGUGAAAAAAGAUUUUUCUACAUAUUUGCAUUUCUUCUAUGUAUGCCUUUGUUGUUUUAUAGUGAUAUGACAUGCAAUAAAUAAGUAUGACCAAAAAAA